CAGAGCACACCACGAUCAGCGUCGCUCAUCUCUAGUCCGAAAGUCAAGGGUUUUCCAGUCACAGAGCCACAAAGUUGCAUUCCUCUUUCAGGGAUUUGGAUCUCCUCCUGAAUGAUCCCUGCAUCUCUGAAACCCACGAUGGAUUCCCUCAACGCUAUGUUGCGCUUCUUCACCAAUCAAAAGACCACAAUCGGGUACGGUGCCAUGGCCAUCGUGACCAUUGGCGGACAGAAGAUCUUCACGCUCUUAUCCUUCCAGUGUCCGUGUACUUUAAAGCAGAACAUGGCUUACGGGCUCUCGUACCUGCUCGGACCCGCGUUCGUGCUCUUCAUUGUUGGCAUUUUCCUGAGUACUCGUCUUUGGCGCCUCUACACAGGUUGCUGCCUGAACCCCAAGAAACUCUGUCCUCACAGGUGGAACUGCACAGGCUGCUUAUACGUGCUUUUUAGUGUAAUUGUUGGAGCGCUCGUGGCACCGAUCAUGUGGCUAAGCUUCGCAUUGCUGAACGGCGUGUUCUACGAGUGUGCGGUGAGCGGUAUGAACGAGGAUGCAGUUGUGGACUGGUUUUGUAAAAACAGGACCACCGCGUGCAAGGACGAGCUCGCCAAAGUCCCAUGCCAAACGUCCAGCAUGUCAGCAGCAGAGACAGCGGAGCUCCUGCUAAUGCUACACGCCCAGUCUCAAAUCCUCGGCUGGGUCCUGAUCAUGAGCUCUGCUUUGGCUGCUCUGAUUGGCACAUGUUACAAAAACUGCUGCUCUCGAGUGAGCUACCUCCAGCUCACUUUCUUUAAAGUGUACAGGCAGAAAGAGAGCGAGAAGUUUGAAGCCUUCGCAGAUGAGUACGCCACCCGGCUGGCCGACAGGAACCUCAAGAGCUUCUUUGAGAACAAAGACCCCGAGGCGUUUCCUUUUCCAAAGCACACAGCCUGGGAGCAGAUCUCCGCCGCAUACUCAUUUAACCGUGGCACGCAGUGUUACAGCACGCUGCAGAGAUAUGUGGAGAAUCCUAAUCGUGACUUUACUCCGGAGGAAAUGCUACUGAGGGAAACAUAUGGGGAACAGAGCCUUUAACAGUCAUUAACCUUAAUGUACAUUAAUUUUUGCCUUUGUCUUUUGACUUUUUCUGAUUUUCUUGGAUUCAUAACGGUUACCCUUAUUUAUUAAAUUUUUUGAAAUGAACAUCAGGUACUUAGUGGCUACCCAUGUCCCUUGGCACCACCAUGGUCUAGUUUGGUUCCCACCUUGGGGUCUUUGUGCAUGUGGAGUUUGCACGUUCUUCCCGUGCUUAGUAAGUUUCCUCAGGGUUCUCUGGUUCCCUCUCACAGCUCAAAGACAUGCAGAUUAGACUAAUUGGCGCUCCCAGACGUCUCAUACAGUAGUGCCUAUGUGAAUGUUGAUCCUACCACAGUCGUAAAAUGGGAAUAAAUACUACGGUAAUCACCAUUGUAGCCUAGCUGGACAUGAGAGGUUCCUGGGUGGAUGGAUGGAAUUAAGAGUAAAGACUGAACCAUUUCACCUCAUUGUUGUUGUUGUUGUGUAGACUGGUUCUACUAUAUAUUAUUCCUAAAAAGUUUACACGAAACCGAAGAAUGAAAUACGCCUGCAUAACUAUACAGUACAGUAUAUAUUCACGUUAUAUAAAAAUGAUCUGUGGUUUACUUGGUGGAAUUUUGUAGAUGUGCUUUAGAGAGGGAUUUGGGAUUCAGCCUUGUGUUAGAUGCUAGUUAGCUUUGUAGCUCAUGUUAGCCAAAACAAAACAGCAAGUAUCGUUUAAGUCAAUUUGGAUUUACUUACAGGAUUUCUAAGGGAACAAAGUGUUGUUUAAGAUGACAUCAUUUUAUCAUUUAGCUGAAAGUGCUUCUGUGACUGGUUUUGAAUGUGGCUUUUGGCAGGCAGGGGCUCUCCUCUCGGUACUGUGGCCUGUACCGAGCUAAUUUCAUCCACGCUGGCGACUGACAGUUAGUGUCAUUUGUAAUGAUUGUUAGUCCACCCUUUGAUGUGAAGCAUGUAGUUAAACAUCCCAGUGUCUCUCAUCAAAUCAGAUUACAACUGUUGUAUAAUUAAAGAUAAGCAUAUUUUAUAAAUCUCAGGUUAAGGUCCAAAUUCUUAUCUUUUUACUAUGUUUGCUCUAGCCUAAGAACAUCCAUUUUCCAUUUAGCAUGCAAUACUAGAUAGACAAGGUUAAAACAGACCAAAACUGAGUUUUACAGAAAAUAAUAUACUUACUGAAUGCAUAUGAUUUGUUAAAUUAACAAUCAAUUGUAACUUACAGCA